CUGACGCGGGAGGGCGGGGAGGACGCCUUCCGCCGGCUUUUUCGCUUUUAUCGGCAACGCGACGCGUCGGAUCUGCGGGGCGUGGUAGACUUCUCGGUGCCGGGGGGCCAGCCCACAUGGAGAGCUGGACUGGGGAACCAAGCCAGAACAAAAUCAACCUGCCUCUACCCUGCCGUCCCUAAGACAGUUCCCAAUCCUCAGGGAAGAAGGGAACGAGAACACAGUGGAUGAGUUUGGUUCUUUGCAGCAGGAGUUGGCUUAUUGCAGCUUAAAUGCAAGCGUUACUGCGACCCAAGAGAGUUCCUCAAGGAAACGUAUCUUGCUAAGCCUUGAGCUGUUGACCCUGCUGUUGGAAACAGAAGUGGCAACAUGGUGUUCAGUUUGAAGGUGUUCAGAUCACAGCUCAGUAUUUCUUCUGUCAGUGAUCAAGAUGCCUACAGAGCAGGAUUGCAGCCAGUUAGCCAGUGGAAAGCCUAUGGCCUCAAUGGGUAUCCAGGGUUUAUUUUCAUACCAAACCCUUUCCUCCCGGGCUGCCAGCGUCACUGGGUGAAACAGUGUCUCAAGCUAUACCCCCAGAAACCCAAUGUCUGCAACCUGGACCUGCACAUGGCUCCUGAGAAGACUAUUGACCUGUGGGGACAAAGCAAGGAGCAAUUGAAAAGGAAAGGUUCCGGUAAAGGGGAGCCUAGAAGCUUAUUGGAGAAGCUGCGCUGGGUGACUCUUGGUUACCAUUAUAACUGGGAUACUAAGAAGUACUCAGCAAAUCACCACACUCCUUUCCCCUCAGACCUUGCAUUCCUGUCAGAACAAGUGGCUGCAGCCUGCGGGUUCCGGGGUUUCCAAGCCCAAGCAGGCAUCUUGAACUAUUAUCAUUUUGACUCUUCACUGGGAAUUCAUGUAGAUGAGUCUGAACUGGACCAUUCUCGGCCCCUUUUAUCAUUCAGUUUUGGGCAAUCCUCGAUAUUUUUGCUUGGGGGCCUGAGGCGGGAGGAGGCCCCAACAGCCAUGUUCAUGCACAGUGGAGAUAUCAUGGUGAUGUCUGGCUUCAGCCGUCUGCUCUACCAUGCUGUGCCCCGCGUCCUCCCCAACCCUGAAGGGACAGCUUUGCCUUCGUGUCUGGACCAGGCACUUGCUUCAGACCUUCCUGUUGGCUCAGUCGUUGAGCACAGCUCUGAUGAGGAUUGGCAGGUGUGUGCCAAGUACUUGCAGUCUUCCCGCAUCAAUAUGACUAUUCGGCAGGUGUUGGCUGAGGGUCAGAAAUUUCCUGAGGAAUCUGGGACAAACAGAAAGGGCCAAGCACCCUCUGAAGAGAGUCACCGUAAGGAGAACAGUAGAACCAAGAGGCAUAAACCGAAUACAGAUAGCUGAGACCAGUAGAUCAUGCUGACAUGGACUGGACAGGCAGUCUCCACAUGGAAUCAUAUUAAAGUCACUUGUCUGUAUUGGGAUUAAUAAACUUCUACAGAAUAACUGUAGUCCUUCUCACUGUAAGAAACAGGUUGGGGGAGAAAAAUGAUUUAGAAGUAAGAGAAGGAUAAGUUCAGGACUGAGACUCAGGAGAUGAAUUCUAUUGCCACUUUGUUGCAGACAUUUACGGUACUCCGUUCCCUUUAAAAUACCUGUAUAUGUCAGAGAAUUUCAAGCUUGGUUCAGUGAUGCUCAUAAAGUAUUUUGAAAUCA